ACUGUUGUGAAAACAUUGAAGCCUUCAACCCCAACCAAGCUAGUCGAGAUGUUCAUCAAGUGCUUUCUUCUGCUAUCAGCAAUCAACUUGCUGUCCGCAGGGCGUCCUCCCCAACCGGAAGAACGCAUCAUCGGCGGAAAAGACAUUGAAAUAGAACAGGCUCCUUGGCAGGUGUCCUUACAGCUCCGAGGACAUCACUAUUGUGGUGGCUCCAUUUACAGCAAAGACAUCAUCAUUACUGCUGCCCACUGCCGCUUUGACUAUGAAGAUAAACGACUUGAGGCCGAGGACUUCCAAGUUCGCGCAGGAUCCUCAUUGGAAAACAGCGGCGGGAGUCUGGUCAAAGUGGCAGCGAUUAAAUCACACGAGGACUACAGCCCACCUUCAGUUCUAAACGACAUUGCUGUAAUGCGACUAAGUGAUCCGCUUGUGUUCUCCAGCAAAGUGCAGAGGAUCCCCUUAGCCGAAAAGAAUCCGUCACCUGGAAUUCUCGCGAUGGCUUCUGGCUGGGGAGCAGUGAAAGUAACAGAUUUCAAAGGAAAGCCAAGGGAGAAAUAUCACGAACAUCUUCAAGGAGUACACCUUCGUAUACGACGUUUUUCCCAGAGGAAGGAUAACAUUUUUGUCUAUUCUUUUAAAAAAUCGACUUGUUCUGGCGACUCUGGCGGAUCUUUGGUUGUUGACCAGCAACUUGUCGGUGUUACCUCAUGGGGUACAAGUAAGUUUUGCGAUGAGUUUGAAGCCUUCUCAGGCGUACCUUACUUCCGGAACUGGAUUUUAAAAGCCGUUGAGUCUGUUUGAUCUUAACUUGGAAAAUAAAUAACUUGCUUUGGGAAGUGGA